CCUAGCAAUUUUGGUGGCACGUCGAGGAGGCCCUGUAGGAAAUGAGACAAUAAAAGUGGAGGGCAGGGAGCAUAUAAUAAUUUGUAGAAAGCGGAAUUCAGGCGACCUAGGUUUUUGACGAUCCUUUCAAUCGAAUUCCUACUCACUGGUCAGGAUAGCAAUGGCUGAGGCGGAGGCAAGGAGAGCGACGGCUGAGGCAGGAAUAGCGAAGGCUGAUGCGGAGGCAAGGAUUGCGAGGGCUGAUGCGGAGGCAAGGAUUUCCACGGCUGAGGCACAGGCUAAAAUUCCUGCUUGGGAGGACGGCGUUGACGAGAUAACGGUGUUGUAUAGAAUUUCCAAGGAUGAUGUACUCUUGAAGACAGACGAGUGCUGGCCUGCAUUUGAUAGGUCUUUCCCAAAAAGAAUAGCUAAAGUUUAUAACAACCCUCAUCCGAGAUUUUUUUCGCCCCAAUUUCCCCGACUCAAGAACAUUUACGAGAUCGACCCCGAGAAGCUUUCUGAUGAAUUUGGUGAGCCUACGGAGAAGACAUGGCACUUUAUCACUUUACACUCAAAUGGUUUCUUCAAGUUACCAACUUUGGAAGUUGUUGGAGGCAUUGGAUACUGGAAGGUCCUAAGAGAAACUGAUGGGAUGAAGUAUUUCCAGUACUACCGGGGGAAAUAUCCGGACGGCGUACAGACUGAUUGGUUGAUGGAUAUGGAAAAACUUCCUGCACCCCCGCGGAUUGAUACGUACGUCAAAUGUAAGAUAUACCUGCAACCCGAGGAAGCUGCUGUGGCUGUAACUGUAAAUUAUGUCCUUCCUCCAAACAGAGUUCUUGAAGGAGGAAUUCCUAAAAGCUCUUGAUCUCUUGAAGCAGUGCCUGUGAGCUUUUGGUUUUCUAAAUAUGUAGACUUUGAGGAUCCAUUGCUGAAAACAUGAUCUUUUUAUGUGUAUCUAAUGUCUAACUUUGAUAAUUAUCUCUUUCUAUUUCUUUGAUAAUGUCUAAAUACUGAUGGCAUGAGAUUUAGCGCUGGUGUUCUUUUUUAUUUGCUUCUUUUAUUACCAAUUGCAUCAUUAGCUUGUCCCACUGUGUAUUUGGGUUGAUCAACUAAAUUUAUUUUGUCC